AUGGCUUUGUUCUCAUCUACGGUGCCGUUCUCUUGGGUCUGGGAUAAGACACGUUCGAAGCAAGCCGAUUCAGAUGAAGCCCGUCAAAUCAGAUACAACUACAAUGUAUUCCUUGCGGCCAAAGGUUGCCGCGAGUGUGAAGGCAUAGACUUCCAAGACACCACCACCCUGCAUCACAAAGGGGCUGCUUCUCGGUGGAUCCCUCUGCCUCCGACAAUAGCACUCUACGCAUUACCAAGGAUCUUUGAUUGGCUACGCAAAGUGAUGAUCACUUGGGAGUUGCCGUUAUUUAGGAUAGUCAAAAACGAAGCCAUCACUGUGGACUUCAUUACGCAGAAGCUGAAGGAAUUUCAAACCAAGUACGGCAAUGCCUUUUCCCUCACUUGGGCCGACACGGAAUCACCUCUCAACUACUCAGGGCUCUCGGACCCCGUCACUGCGGCUGACUAG